AUGGCCAACAAUAAAGUGCUAAAAGUAUUAUUCGUGCCGAUCCUCAGCGGAGGUCACGUGUACUCCAGUAUCGGUGUCGCAGAGCGACUGAUACACAGCGGACACGAAGUGCUGUUUCUGGUCAACGAUUUCUGGUCGGGAAAACUGACCAAAUAUGGCAUUCGAGAGGUAUUGUUGGCCAAAAUUGACUCACCGUUUGAGACCAACGGUGCGACCGAUUUGGCCAAACAUAUGAUAGCGAGGGGUUUGGUUGGCGGCGAUUCGCCCCUUCAGAAGGCCCAGAGAGAGGCAACAUUUGUUGAGUUGUGGACAAAGCAUAUGAAACAAUUUGACCCACAGUUUGAGCGCCUGUUGCCCACCAUUCAGCCCGAUCUUAUUGUAUUGGAUCAGUUCAUGACGUGGCCAUCGCUGGAGUUGUCGGCCAUACCGUGUGUGUGGCUCUGGGGUAACGGCCCUCUCAUUAUGGUUGACGACGAGAAGGCACCGCCACAUGAGUCAGGACUGUCCGCUACGGGAGACCAGAGGUUAUGGCAAGAGUUUCGACAAGUGGUUAGAGACGCCACAAAAGACAUGUGGCGAGCGUUCAACGACUGGAUGGUCGGCCGGGGCUGCGAACCACUGCCCGAAUACGCGAUUCAAAACCCAUCGCAUUAUCUCAAUAUAUACGGCAUUCCCCAUGAGUUGGACUAUCAGGACAUCCGUCCGUUGGGCCAUAAUUUUGUUCGCUUUGAUAAUUUUAAGCGCACCGAAAGUGACCUGACUUUCGCUGUGCCGCCAGAGUUGGCUGAAAAGCCGGGAGCGUUGGUCUACUUCUCUCUCGGCUCCUUUGGUGCGGCAGACGUGGCAAAUAUGCGCCGACUUUUGGCCAUUUUGGCCAAAUCUCCGCAUCGUUUCAUCGUAUCGAUGGGUCCGUUGCAUAACGAGUACACUCUGGCCGACAAUAUGUGGGGCGAGGAAUGGGUGCCGCAGAUACGAGUGCUGCCACUCGUGGAUCUGGUCAUAACACACGCCGGCAUUAAUACUGUCUGCGAAACCAUGUUCUUCGGCCGACCGAUGAUAGCUAUGCCUCUGUUUAGCGAUCAAUACGAUAACUCACAGCAAAUACAGGACACGGGCUUUGGUCGACGACUGGACGCAUACAAGUGCUCAGAGGAGGAGCUGUUGGCCGCGAUUGAGACUCUACUCAACGAUAGAGAAAUGGCUGAACGCGUGGCCAAAGUUUCCCGGAGAAUACAAACCGACAAUAGUUUAGCAAAAUUGCCGCAAAUUAUUGAGGAUUUUGUCCAAAAUCGGCGCAAAUAUAUUGAGUAA